UCGAGUCCUGUUUCUUUCUCCUCGCUCUCUCGCACCUCUCAUUUCUUUGUCUGGCCUCGCUCACAAAGCCCUCUCUUUCAUAAAGCCGUCUCUCCCUCCCCUCUCUUUCUCUCUAGACGCAGAUCGACCACCUCUCUCUCUAAAAUCAGAUUACCAACAAAAAGAGCAAAGCUGCAGAUCGACCACCUCUCUCUCUGUAAAAUCAUAUUACCAACGAAAGGCAGUUUUACCCAAAUUGUGUAAACUAAUCUCGCCAGCUGCUCUGAGAAGUUUGUUCAAGCACAUCUGACAGGAAUGGGUCUUUGGACCUUGCUUGAAGGCUGUCUACUUCUUGCAAAUGCGGUGGCCAUACUCAAUGAAGAUCGGUUUCUUGCACCUCGGGGGUGGACCCCGUCAGAAGUCAUGGGUGGCAGGACAAAAUCUUUAAAAGCCCAGGUUGUCGGGUUCAUAUAUUCUAGUCGAUAUUGGAGGUAUCCUCUUAUACUUGCAAAUAUCAUUACGAUGAUUCUAAUGCUCUUUUGGGGCUAAGACUUCAUGUGUCAGUAUGAGAUGAAUAUCACAUCAGUUUGUUGUGGGGUUUUAGAAAUUCAUAUAUUGUAAGAGUUACUGAUUUUGUCAUCAAACGCACUUGAUUUGCUUCCCAUAACAUUGACUGGUGUGUUUUAAUUGCUCCUUCCAGUUGCAAAGUUGAAUUGGGAUUUUGUUUUA